UUCGUGGUAUUUUCGACUACGCGCCAAGAAAAGCGAAACAAGAUGGCGGACGAAGAGAUGAAUCAAGUAAUCAUUUCGUCCAGUUUCUCCGCCAAGCUGACGAAAUGGCGCGUAUGCGAAGGCCAGAUCGUAAAAGAAGGAAACGUCCUUGCUUUUUACGAGAAACUAGGGCAAUCUGACGAAAAGAAAGCAUUUAUUACUCAACCGAAGUUGAAGAGCUCCCGUAACGGACGAGUUCGAAAAUUUCUAGUAUCGGAAGGGGAAAUUGUCCAACCAGGGAAGCCAGUAGCAGUGAUUGAACAUGCAAGAAUAUGCGAGCACAAGACAAUCAUGAAGGAUCUUUGUUGCGAUUGUGGUGCCGACCUUAGAAAACUCCAUGGAGAUAACGAUGAGCCAUCAUCACCAACCUCAGCUACCAUCUCCAUGAUCCACAAUAUCCCAGAACUUAAAGUAACAAAAGAUGAGGCAGAGGCAGUCGGCAGACUUGAUGAGGAGAGGCUCCUAAGUACUCGUAAGCUGGCCCUUGUUGUGGAUCUUGACCAGACGCUCAUCCAUACUACUGUCCAGCUUGUGCCUGCCAACAUGAAGGAUGUCCAACACUUUGUUCUUCCUGGCCACCCUAUGUGGUAUCACACUAAGUUCCGUCCAUGGGCCCACAAAUUCCUGCAAAAGAUUGCCAAGUUUUAUGAGCUCCACAUAUUCACCAUGGGUACAAGGAUGUACGCUCACACCAUCGCACGCAUGCUCGACCCUGACUUGUCCUUGUUCGGCUAUCGCAUACGUUCAAGGGACGACUGCUUCAAUGCCUUCUCCAAAUUUAACGAUCUAAGGUCUCUCUUCCCUUGUGGCGACUCAAUGGUCUGCAUCAUUGAUGACAGGGCGGAUGUGUGGAAUAACGCUCCAAGCUUGAUCAAAGUAAAGCCAUACCAGUUCUUCAAAGGUGUUGGAGACAUCAAUGCCCCCCCUGACAAACAAGAUGCAGAGAGUACUGACUCUAAUACCAACGCUGAUGUUCCGGGGGAGGUAGAUGAUGACAUUGAAAAUGACGAGCCUAGUGAAUCUAGUAUAAACGCUGUGGUACCGGGGGAGGUGUGUGAUGGUGAUGGCGCUCUUUUGGGGACACAGGUUGCCACAACUGAAUUGACAAACAAUUCUUCAAGUAGUGAUGAAAAAUAUUAUAAAAGUUCAAUGGGAGGGGGAAAAGCUGUCAAAAGCGACACACGGACUUGCGAAAAUGACGAAUCAGUCGUUCAUUCGGAAUCAAAUCUAGUUAACGGUAGCAAUAACAAUGUCAACAGUAAAAUGACCAAUGUAGAUGAAAACGAUGUAAAUAUGACAGAAACGUUCCCAAGUGCUGAUGGGAAGUCAGAUUCCCUUCGGAGUUGUGAAACAGGAGAUGAUCUUAACCUUAAAAGAUUAAAGAAUGAAACACAAGUAUCCGACAACGCCCAGGAGAACGAGAAGAUGGUCGAUGAAAAUGUGCAAGAGGAACAAGUGCAAAACCUUAAAAGCGACCAAACGGAACAAGAACAAAACCUUGAAAUCGUCCAAAAGGACCAAGUGCAAAACCCAAAUGAUGGAAUUACGGAAACUAAAUGCACAGAUGCUGGUGUUAAUGAUGUGAAGAUUGAAGCGAAGGAUUUCAAGCAGGGCAACAACGACGUAACAUCCAACGAUGACAAGAAAACGGCCAUCAAGGAGAAAGGCACAGAGAUGUCUCAAGAAGAUCAGAAAUUCGCACACGAGGACGAAGACGAAGAUGACUACCUGCUCCACUUAGAAGAAGUCCUUGAAAAAAUACACCAGAAAUUCUAUAGCACGCUGGACGAGUUAAAGAAGUCGCCGUCCGAGGCUCUACAAAGACCAGAAAUCACAAGGUACUGCUUGGCCGAUGGCUCCGCCCCGUGCACCAAACAAAUCAUAAGGGAGCUACGCAAAGACGUCCUUAGAGGGGCGAAUAUCGUAUUCACCGGCGUCAUUCCUACAAACUUGCAACCGGAAAAGAGCGAGAUAUGGCAGCGGACCCUUGCUCUUGGGGCGAGGAUCUCGAAUCAGAUAGUGACGCCCAAGGAUGGAAGAAAAGAUGAAGUCACGACGCACGUUGUGGCUGCACGUCUUGGUACGGAAAAAGCUUACCGAGCUUUGAAAGCUCCAGGAAUCAAACUCGUAAACCCUAUGUGGCUCUCAUGCUGCGAAGAACGCUGGGAAUGGGUGGACGAGCGGCUGUUCCCUGUUGAAGGUAUCGAAAAGUACAAAAAACAAAUAAGGACUCAGAAUACGCCCCGAGGGACGCCGCAUUAUUGGGUCUCUAAUUCUAAAGGUGACGUUUUUGAUGGCACAGUGGCGAGUGAAAGUGACAAUGCAAAGCCGGUGGGGGGUUCCCGUAGUGAAAGUUCUUCGAGUAGUACUGACGUUUUAAUGGCGUCUAUUCAUCCUCUUUUGUCUUUUUCUUCAACGGAAAUGGAAGCCAUCGAUAAGGAAGUCGAGGAUCUUAUGCACUCGGACGCCGAAGGCAGUGACGUCAUCGGUAGUAUAUCGGGUAGCAGUUCGUCAAGCUCGAACUCCUUGUCGGGUUCCGACGGCGAGGACUCGGCCGACGAAAACCCUCCGAAGAAAAAGCGUAGAAGCGCCGAGAAAGAUCAGGAUAGUGAACUGGACAAUAUUUUUACGAAGAAACGAAAAAAGGAGGAUAAAGACUCUGAGGACGAGUCAGAUGAUUACACGCGUCAAUCAUCUCCCAGUGACGAUGAUGACGAUGAUGAAAAUGGUGAUGGAGAUGACAUGGCGGCUCUACUAGAGGCCGAAAUAUCGAACUUUUGAACCUUCGCUUGUUUGGACAUAUACUGCAUGUAUGAUAAUAAUAUAUAUCUGUCGUAAAAAAAAGGUUACAUCCAUUGACAUCAAUCUAUAUCAUGAUAUGACAUCAUCAAGCUAUAUUUUCUAUGAAAACAUCAAAAUCACUAAAUUAUCCAGCAUUGUUCGAAAUAGAUUAUUUUGAAAUGUAAUAUCCGAAAUACUCUAAAGGGUUUUUUUCUACCCUAAAGGGGUAAAUUUUGCCACAAGAUAUUUGUUUGUGAGAAAACUUUGUGAGGCAUUGUUUUUUCCCGAAAACCAUAAGCGAAUUCGUUCAUGUUCUUUUAAUUGAUGAAAUCCUUACCCUUAUUAAACGAUUGUUGAUAGCAUGCCUUUGAUAAAGAAAGUAUUUUGUUAUCAUGUAUAUAACCAUUGUAUGUUAGUAAACGUUAUUUUAGUUAA